GGCUUGGAGACAGUUGCCUGGCGCGGCGGAGGAGGCGGUCGAUGGGGGCGCGGCUCAGCAUGGCCACCUGGGCGCCUGGCCGGGCGCCGCUGGGCUUCCCCACGCUCCCCCUCGCCAAUGGCUUACACAUCCCCGUGCUGGGGCUGGGUACAUCCCAUCAAGGUGGAUAUUCCCAUGAUGCUGUGGUGUAUGCACUACAAAAAUGUGGCAUUCGUCAUAUUGAUACAGCAAAAAGAUACGGCUGUGAAUUACUUCUUCAGAAUGCUAUCAAAGAAAGUGAUGUGAAGCGAGAGGACCUCUGGAUAACUACCAAACUCUGGCAUAGUGACUAUGGCUAUGAAAACACAAAACAAGCCUGCCUGGAUUCAUGCAAAAGACUUGGUGUUCAGUACCUCGAUCUUUAUUUGGUACACUGGCCUGAUGCACAAGUUCCUGGUAAAAGUAAUCGUAAGGUCCGAGCGGAAACCUGGAGAGCCAUGGAGGACCUAUAUGAGAAAGGUUUAUGUCGGUCUAUUGGUGUAAGCAAUUUUCUCAUUAAUCAUUUGGAGCAACUAAAGGAAGAUUGUAAGAUAACCCCACAUGUUAAUCAGGUUGAAUAUCACCCUUUCCAAAGGCCCCAAGAGCUGGUGGAUUAUUGUAGAAGUAGAAACAUUGUUUUUGAAGGCUACUGCCCAUUAGCCAAAGGCGAAGCUCUUACUCAUCCUAAUAUAAUUCAGCUGGCAAAGAAAUAUGGCAAAACCCCUGCACAGAUCUGUAUACGUUGGAGCAUACAGAAUGGGAUCGUCACUAUUCCAAAAUCUACAAAAAUAGAAAGGAUACGGGAAAACUGUGAGCUACUUAUCCAUCCUCAGCACCAAACAGGAAUAAUUACAGCUACUGCCAAACGAUUAAAGAACAACUCUGAUGACUUGCAAGGGGACCAGGACUUCAGGGUUAAGAGCGCAAACCUCCAGGAUUCUGAGAACCUUCACCAUCCACUGAAAUAAAAACCAACAUAGACCCUCAGAUUAAUUUGGCUCAGUUUUAAUACUACUGCAUCCCCCACCCAGUGGUUGUUUAACACAUAUCCACUGGUGAUAACAUCAGAUGAUCUCUGCUAAGUGUGAACUGAACAGGGCCAGCAUUAAGAGAUCUACUGCCCUAAACAAAUGCCCAGAGGGCCACUUGUACCAGAUCUCAGUCAUCCAUGCAAAGAACUCCAUAAGGUUUUGCUGCUUUUAAAUGUUGCCAUCAGUGGCCCUCUUGCUCAGCCUGUACAGCCAGCCCUCUGCAGGGGCAUCUUUGAUGUACCUUUUGAAUAGUGGACUUGUCAAGGCUGGCUGAGAGCAAUUCAGAAGCAGAACUACUAAAGAAGGCUUUAUAUCAACUGUAUGAUAGUUCCAUAAAUGGUUAGCUUCUCCCUAACCCCGCCCCCCAGUUUUUGUAAAGGGGAGUUCUAGGUUUUUUUAGCUAAGGCUUCAUUCCACUGAGGAUGCGCCAACCUUAAAUAAAUACAUAACUUGGCUACAAAAUACAGGGUUUUUUCCCUUUUUCAUCUGACUUUUUACAGUUUCAUAAUGAGAGAAAAGGGAGAGUGCUUUUCUGUGAGCUCUUUAUUCCCCAAUGGCUCUCCACAGCAUAGACUGUGGCUUAAAUUGACUUUCUUGGCAUAGAAAGAGUAGGCUAUUUUAAUAGAGGCCUUAUAUUAAUGGCACAGCAAAUGUUUUUGUUUAAUCAUAUGAAAUGUCCAGUGUAGCAUUAUUAUCAUAAAAUACUGGUGUACAGCUACACACACCUUUGAUUUAUCUGGAAAAUGAUUAUCACAAUCCAUUCUGUUGAGGGAAUUGUCUUCUGGCUCAGUUUCUUUCAGAAUUACACAUAAAUGAGGUUCCAGUUAGUGGCAGAUAUUUCAAUUAAGACUAUAUUCUUGCUCUUUAGACUUCAGUAUUUAGCUCUGAUGCUCUGUCCAGUAUUGUCAGGUUUGCUGGUGGGACAGAGAAAGCUAACAGUAGAAUUUUGCUUGACUGAUUUGCAUCAUUGGAGUAAAAGUGAGUUUGAGACUAUCUUAUUUACAAAAAUGUAGUAGAAUUAUGUUAUCCACUUGCACUACUGCUUGCACCACUUGCACUAGGGCACUUCUGCUGUAUUUUAAUAAGUGCAUAAAAAGAUACAUAGUGAUGGGAUAUAGUAAAGUUUCUUAGGACUUUGGAUGCAAUGACUUCUGGUAAAAGUAUUUCAAGUCACUUACUGAACUCCUUUCAAUCCUAUUUUCAUUUCCUGCUGCUGACUUUCUCUUUUUUUCUUCCUUUCUUUGUCUAUUGCAUUGGCAUUAAUAAACUGUACUUGUACUUGUACUUGUAAUUCAGACACUAAUGUGCUAACACCUAUUAAUUCUUACUGUUUUGGAAUUAAGCCGCUCCUGAUUUCACCCAUUUCUUACUGGUCUAGUCCACAAAAAUAUGUUCUGUUAUAUGGAAACACAAAACACUAAUUCAGGCUUUGUAACAAAUAAGUGAAAUAUGUUUUUCAAUAUCACUUUGAAAUAGAAGUCAGUUUAAUUAAUGCUAAAUUAUAAUCUAACCCCCCAGGGCUCUUAUGACACCCAUAUACACAUUAAAUAAGUUCAUCGUGAUUAAUAUUAUGAUAUUUAACAAUAGAAUGAAACCUGAUUUUACUGUUUGAGAGCAUAUUUAUCUUCUUUACUCUAAUCAUUGUAUUAUUUCUCCCAAACACAGGUUUUUGAUUUUAGUCUGACGGAAGAAGAUCUGGAAUUUUUAGAUUCUUUGAACAUCAA